UAUGGAAUUGGCAGCUGUGAGUUCUUCAUGAUCGAUGGGUUCGUUUAACUCAAUACAUAUAACGUUUUAAUUAAUAUGCUCGUCAUUCCCAGAUAGUAUCUUUUUACAGCCUGCCAAUGAAAUUGGCUCUUUCUAUACACAGGGCUACAUUAAACUAUUCCCAUAUUACACGUUUUUAAUUGCAUAGUUUUAUCAAAUUAAUUUAUAAAACAGCUAUCAAAACGUGAGUGUGUUUUAAGUUAAAUGUGGGUCUCAGUAAAACAUUAUUUUUUUUGCCUGGUAUGAAAACUGUCGCCUUGUGUGGGUCCCAGUCCUACCGCUCGCUCGCCUUCUGGAGCUGGCAACAAGUGGCAGUGAAUUCCCAAUGAGCAUGAUUGACAUUAAAGUGCUGACGAAGGCGGGCUCGGACUUCAACAGGGACAACAGGCAUAUACACGGAUUAUAACGAAAUCGCUUUGCAAUGACCUGCUAUGAGAAUAUAAAAAUGAAUUGAAACAAUGUUUGAGUCGACUUAUUUGGAUAUCAAUGGGUUUAGAUAUCAAUAGAGCUUUGGUGUCCUUGAUGACAGGACAAAAGGAAAAUAUUGAGGAUAGCCAAACAUUUACCAUUGAAGUUGGAUAUUAGCAAAAACAAGAUGGACUUUGGAGAAGUCAACACAGCCACAAAACCUCCAAUAGGGAAGAGGAUGAAGUCCCGAGCCCCACCUCCGCCCCCGGCCCCCGAGCCCGCCCCCAGGAGAAUCUUCCGUAACGCCGUGCCAGACGGGGGAGGCUCAGCUCAGGGCAGUAUGGGCAGCAUGGUGAUGGACACCAAGGAGAACAUGAUGAGGACCAGCGUAGACCUCCACAUCACUCUGCCCCAAGGCUAUCAGACCAGCAGCACAGUGGACGGCAGCAAGGCGCUCAUGGACCUGUUGGUGGAUCUGUGCAGCCAAUACCACCUGAACCCAGCCUAUCACACCCUGGAGUUGCUGUCCAGCAAGGGCCUGCCCCUAGCCUUUAAGCCCAACAGCCUGCUGGGGUCCCUGGACGUUGUUGCCAUCAGCAUCAGGGAGAAAGUGUUGCAGGAGAAGGUGGUGCGGAAACCUCCGCCUAAAGUGCCAGAGAAAACGGUGCGUCUGGUGGUGAACUACCACAGGAGCCAGAAGGCGGUGGUGAGGGUGAGUCCCCUGGCGCCCCUGGAGAGCCUGGUCCCAGCCAUCUGUGAGAAGUGUGAGUUUGACCCGGCCCACGUCCUGCUGCUGAAGGACAAUGUCAGCAACCACGAGCUGGAGCUGGACAAGUCUCUGAGCGAGCUAGGCAUUAGAGAGCUCUACGUACUGGACCAGACUCUUGUUCGUCAACCUAAAAUGGCUUCUGCACCUGCUCUGAAUUACUCAGAAUUCUUCCGUUCCCACACCUCAAGUGUCGGUGGGGUCGAGAAGAAAGGCCUGCUGGGAUUCUUUAAGUUCAACAGAAGGAAAUCAAAGACUGAAGAACAGUCGCCUGCUAUGGACAUGGAUGGUCUUGAUAAUAAUAUUAUUCAAAAUACUGAAAAACACUACAAUGGCCUGUCCACGGUAUCCAUCGUGCCCUGUGUGGAGGCGCGGCCCAGCACCCUGGGCCAGUCCCAGUCCGUCAUGAACAUCUCAAGGAUGUCCCCCAGGAUAGAGCCUAAGAAGAGGCAGGCCCCCCCGGCCCCGGCCCCCACACCCUGCCAGGGCCGCUACAUUUUGGAGGCCUACCAGGUGGCUCCUGACUCAGAGAGUACACUGAGGAAGAGGAAGGCCCCGGCACCCCCUCCUAGCCCUGCUGCCUCUGUCACCCCAGCUCCUAGCACCCCAGCGCCUCACACCUCUGUCCAGAUAGCCCCCUCUCCCUCUCCAGCCCCCAGCUCUCCUACCCCAAGCCUGCCUGCGGAGGAGGACUCUGGCUCUGAGCUGAGCAAUGGGUCUGUCUACAGCAGCAGCAGUAACAGUAGUGGGGUGGCCGCCGGCACCUCUGUCGCUGACACCUCAAUGGCUGACUCUGACUCCGCCUCCAGCAGGGCUGAUGUGUGCAAGCCCAGCCCUGAUUCCACCCCCAGCAGCAGUGCUGCCAUGGCUGACUCCUCCCGAGACUCCGCCCCUAGCAAGGUUGACACCGGCCCCAGAAGCAAGACUGAUAUGGUGAAGGCUGCCCCUGACUCCGCCCUUACCAGCAAAGUCGAAAAGGUUGACUCCACCCCCAGCAGCAGCGUUGACAAGGCCAAGCCCACCCCCGACUCGUCCCGCAGCACCACACCGGAGGAGACCAGAGGAGAGUCUGCUCUCGGCCUGAAACUAGACGAGACGGAGAACAACAGACACAGCGCCAUGGGUGCUGAGCGUCCAGUGCCACUCAAACCUCGGCGAACCCCAGUACGAGAGCCCCCCCAGUUAGUCAUCCCCCCACCACCGCCGUACCCUCCCCCUCCCUCAGACCCAGACUCCCCCGAUGCUUCACCAGAGAGCCACAUGGAGGAGGCCCCUCAGUCUUGGCUGCACUCUCGGCGGCUCUCUGUGGCAGGACCCCAGACCCCAGACACAGAGGAGGAGGAGACUUUAUCCAUGGGCAGCAGUGGCAGUGGCAGCUUCCAGGACCAGGGCUAUGCAGCCUCCGAGGGCAUGGCUGAGGCUGAGGACUCUGUCCUUGUCAGCUCCCCCUCUGCCUCCGACACCACUCACCCUACCUCCCCAGACGGGAGCCUCUCCCUGGGCUCUUCUGGCUCCUCUCAUCCCAUGAUCCAUCCCCUCAUCAAGGACUGUUCUAGUGAUAGUGACGAGGGCUGUGCCACGUGGGGCUCCAGACACAGACACAGCAGUGAUAUCAGCCACAACGACAAAGCAGGCAAAACAAAGGACAUCUAUGAAGAGGACCCAGAGCUCACCGCUCAGCUCAACCAGACUCUGGCUGAUCUGGAGGCUGAUCUAGCAGAUAUAAGUCACAUAGAUGCUGUUUCAGUGCAAGAGUACCCCUACGUGAUGUCCACUGAGAGCAAUGACAUCCCAGUGUCUGUGGUGGAUAUGGAGGUCCCAGUCACAGACAUAGAUGUAGUCCUGGAGGACUACGAGACCCAGAACAUGACGGAUUACCAAGCCACCCUAAUGAGUAGCUCUCAAACAACGGACAAUAAAGACCUGAACCACAGUCAUCAUCAUUCAAGUGUUGGUAGCAUACAGAACAAAAACAACAGUGCCUGUACGUCUGACGGCUCCAGCAAAGUCAGCUCUGGUCAACCACAGCCCGCGCAGCGCCUCAAAUUACCAGGGAAGAAGCUUGCCAAUGGCGCCACGGGGAAAGACCGCACAGCAGCGGUCUCUAAGACUAAAGCUAAAGUGGAAGUUCAAAGACGGGAGUCCAAUGAGGGAGCUGAGAGGAAAGCCUCACCUGUCAACAGCUCUCUCGCUGUCUCAGAGAGCCAUUCCAAGUCCCCUGAGGAAGAGGUUCCCACCUAUAGAGGCCACGCUGCCCCCCAGGCACAAACCAAAAUCACCUGUAGCCCAGUCUCCCGAUUCGGUAUGAAGACAUUCACCAUCGUCCCUCCCAAGCCCGCAGUUGCAACCCAGCCUCAGAAGCAAGCAGAGGCCCUGGCCACACUGACAACAGGUGCCAUUAGAAUUGACGAUCAGGGUAACAUGGUCAAAGUGGCCAUCGCCCAAAACAAGUUUGGUGGUUCCUCUGAGUCGGGGAUCAACAAAGAUGACUCCGUCUCACCACUCCUGGGGAAAGCCAAAGCCUUCUGGAGCUCCACAGAGAAGCAGGACAAGCAGGACACUUCUGCACCUUCGGUCCCUGCUAGUAGAGGGCCUGUCGCUUUCACAAAAACCCAGAGCCCAGAGCCUGAGGUUCCCAAAACCACCCCUCUGGUCAUAGCCUCUAACCCACCUGCAGCCAAGGCAACACCUAAGGCCUCUGAACUUGUAGCCAAGAUGACACCUAAGGAAACAUGCAAAGAUGUUGUUGAGGUAACAAAGGACGUUUCACAGGAAGCAGAGGGCAAGGCCCCAGUUCCAGUUUCAGAGACGCCUGUGCAGCAGCAGCAGCCUAUGAAACUGAACCCUGGUAUUCUCCAAGAUCAGAAGAGAGACCUUUCCUUCCUCAAGCCGUCCAGGAGAACAUCCAGUCAGUACGUAGCUUCUGCCAUUGCUAAAUACGCUGUGAAGCCCACCACGGCCAAAGCUGACAACAUUCAAGAAGUACCAGCAGAGUUGUCUGGCCCUGUGAGAAAGCCACCUGGCAGUUACGGCUAUCAGAAAGAGGGUCGAUCCUUUCAUGUAAAUCCACAGCGGUCCUCUGGUACAUCUACUAAUGUACCAGUGAAUAAGGAGAGCAGCUCUGGGUCUGGGUCCUAUCACGCCGGUGCUAAAUGUUACCCUGACUACCUAUCAGCAGAGAAACGGGUAGUCUCCGGUGAGUCGACGCAAGGACUGGACCGGAGUGGUUAUGGGAGCAGUUCUACCCUGCGAGGUGGAGGAAGGAGCUCAAAGUCACUGGACUCUGAUACGGUGGCCAAUAACACUAAGCAGCACGGGCCCAACAGUCCCAGUCCCAGACAGCAGACACAGAUGACACCCCCACCACCAGCACCACAAUCCCCCACUGAACAGGUACUUGCCCUCUCCAAGCCCUCACAGGGUCAACCACCUCCACAGAGCAGAUCAGAGACAGUAGGUCCCAAAGGUCGUCCAGCCCUGGCAAAGAAGCCUGAACCACUGGGAGCGGCUGCAGCUGCUGCAAGCAACGACCUCCCAGAGCCCCAGCAGGUCCGUCUGUUUGGGCCGGUGAAGAAGUUCAAACCUGUGAUCAUGAAGUCGGUCCAGAUGGACAUGUCACUACACACCACCCUGAUGUCGGCCAUCCAGUGUGGGGACGGGAAGGAGAGGCUCAGAAAGAUAUCGGACUCAAGUGCAAGCAGCACUUUGAAGAAAUCAUAUUUUGUUGAGGAAGAGAAUGAGCGAUGUGCGCUACUGGCAGCCAUUAGAGGCCAAAGUAACUCUGCAGGGCUAAAGAAGACCAAAUCCCAGGCUGCAGAGGAUCUUGACAAGUUCAGGAAGACUGAGGAGGAGAACAGCACUCAGUGUGAUGCUUUCCCUGCCAUGCCUCCCCCUCCUCCAUUUGUGCCUCUGCCGCCUCCACCCCCCUCUAUGCUCCUCCCUCCUCCUUCUCCUCCUCUUGCCCCUCCCUCCACCCAGCCCAAGCGCCCUAUGGUGGGGGUGCCCCUGGGGGCUGUGGGGAACCCCGCUCUGGCCCGGGAUGCAAUGCUGGAGGCCAUCCGCUCUGGCUCUGCAGCUGAGCGCCUGAAGAAGGUCAAUGCCCCCACAAAAACAGUUCAAGUGAACGGUAGACUUGGUACUAUACAAGCAGCAUCAUCCCUCUCACAACAAGGACAAUAAAGAAUCUUCCAGAAUGAUUCCAGAGCGUCUUGCAAACCAUCUGAUUAGAAUCGUCAUAGGCAGCCAAAUAAUAUAUGUUAUCUUUCACCUUAAUUUAUCACUGUCCUUAUGUAUAUGUAUCUAGUUAUGUGUACUUGAAUAACUGGAAAGAAGAAUCGCUGUACAAAAGCAUGUGCCAAUAAUUUUUGUUGCUUUGGAAUAUUUAUUAGGUGCUCUUGCUGAUAAUAAUAAUAAUCUUAGGAGAUUUUAGUUAUUUUAUUAUUUGUCUUUUUUAUUUUACUGUUUAAUACUCGUCCACAUGAAAUUGAUGCCUCAUGCUGUCUUACUGUCAGUGUUAUGUUUGAUUAUUACAUAUUUACUGUAUAUAUUCCAUGUAAUAGGAUGCAAUUGAUCAGACUGCUUGAUAUAGUGCAAUGAGUAACACCGGCCAAGCAUGACAGAAUUUGGCUCCAGUUGGUGAUUAGUGUGUAUCCCAAAUGGCACCCUGUUCCCUAAAUAGUGCCUAUGGGCCCUGGACAAAAGUAGUGCACUAUAUAGGGAAUAGGGUGCCAUUUGGAACGUAUUCUAGUUUAUUUUGCAAAGCUCUGGGUUUUUAGAUCUCCUCUAUGCUGUUGUUCAACCUUUACAUGUUAUGAUUCUUUGAUUUAUAAUGCCUCUUAAUAUAUCUAUUUACAUCUUCAGAGAAAAGAUGACCAACAUAUCCUUUCUUGACAUCACAAAAGCAUUUUUGAAGCAUUUCUGUUUAUGUGUAACUAUUGGUGAAUAAUAUCACCACGACUUAGUAAAAUAGUUUACUAAUCAAUAGAUAUAUGAGUAAUGAACAAGAGGUAUGGGCUGUUACUCAAUUACUAUUUGCUAUGAUUUUGUUGUUUAUUUAAUCACAAAGUGUUCUAUGGUGUUUGCAUGGGGCUGCAGUGCACAGCUUUUUGUUAUUGCAUUAAACAGUAGAGCUGAUGUGCAGUACUGUACAUGAGCUUGUUCCUCUCUAGACAUUUUAAGGCAUUACUAUGAUAGUUGAAAGAAAGCAAAAGUGAAUAUUAUAAUAUAUUUUAUAAAUGAAGUAGUAUCAAUAUUGAUUGGAAGGACUGAAUGAUAGGCUUAAAGGACACCCCAGUGUAAAGCAUUAAAAUAGGGGCCACAAGAUUCUAGACUGGUCUGUGAAAAGAUGGAUUCAUAGGUUGUCCAGUUCCUUAAAAUUCAGUUUAGAUGUUUACUUAUGUUCUAGAUCAGGGGUAUUCAACUCUUAACCUACGAGGUCCGGAGCCUGCUGGUUUUCUGUUUUACCUGAUAAUGAAUUG